GCUCGAUUUGUUACAACGGGUUAGACUUUCGAACGAUCGAAAGACGCGCGCUUCUAGAAAACGUCUCUUUUGUGAUCGUGUCGCCCUCGCGAUAACGACGGUGAGUUCGGAUAAAGUUAACGGCGGCACAUGCAUAAGUAAUUCUCUCUCUCUCUCUCUCUCUCUCUCUCUCUCUUUUUCUUUCCGCACGCGCGUGUUACGUGUAUGUGUAUCGCGCGCGCGCGCGCGCGCACUCAAUCUCGAUCUCUUUUCGUCUCCACCGCGCGUAUAUUUAUAAACGUGAAAUGGUGAAAUGGCACGAGCACUCGGCUGCUUGCGAUAUCUUCUAAUCGCCGGUACUAUCGUUCUUGGCAUAUCAGGAAUAAUAACAUCCGCCUUCGCAGGAUUUUUUUUAUAUCAAUUAAACGAAUAUGAACAACUCACUCCCGAAAAUGUUUAUGGUCCAUCCAUUGUUCUCUUGGUUUUGGGUAUCUUCACAUGUGCCAUCGGUUGGUUGUCCUGGCAUUUUCUCGAUUUUACGCAAAAGGGACAAGCAAUAUUAUUUGUUACAAGUUUGGUGAUUAUUUCCUUAUUCGAAAUGUGUGCCGGAAUAUGGACUGUUGUCAGACACGAACAAAUAGAUUUUCUUCCGGCUGCUCAUCUUGACAAAAUAUUUACAGAUGAAAAAAAUCAACCUUUAUGGGAGCACAUACAAACGAAGUUUCGUUGUUGCGGCAUAGACGGACCUAUCGAUUAUCGAGGAAUAAAUUCGGUUCCUUGGUCUUGUUGCGAUAUAACAUCAUCACUAAAGCCAGACAAUGAUAAAUCAGCUUGUACUUCUAUAUACGGCAGAGGUUGCCACCAUGUAAUGAUAAGUCGAACAAAAUCGAUUUUAUUACACGUGUUUCUACUUAGUCUCGGUAAAUUAGUAUUGGAGAUUUGUCUGAUAAUAUGUACAACCUGUUACAUGAAAGCUUCUACGAAUAGAAUAGAAAAAAGAAGGCAGGAUGCAUUGACUCGCAGAAUAUCCUCACAAGUGGUAUAUCAUCCGGAUAAUAAUAAAAAACUUUUGGAUCAGCCAUUGUCCGUAUCCAGAACCAAAUCCAUUGGAUAAUUUAAUUAUUCAAUUGAAUUUUUAUAAGUUCGAUCAUUUGGAACAUUCAAGUCGAAUCAUUUAAGAUUUUGUCAAUGCGAUUAGAUUUUCGACGAUAAGAUAUCAUGAAUAAAAGUAUGAUUCAUUACGACAUGUCCCGAUGACGAAAAUAAGUAAGGGGACAUUCGUGAAAUAAAACAUAAUUUUUUAAAAAUCAGCGUAACCUCUUAUCUUGUUUAUAUCAUGAAUGAAAUGUUUUUUACAUAUCUUCAUUGUUAUAAGAUAAAAUGAUAGAUUAGAGAAAAUAGAUUUUUAUUAUAUUUAUAAACGUAUCACGACAAUGAUAUUCUUGUAAUAAUGAAAUAUUGGAUAUAAUCGUACAAAAAUUAUAAUGAAAAACAAUAAUAAUAAUAAAAAAAAAAAAAAACAAAAAAAAACAAAGGAAAGAUAAAGAACAUCAUUCGUUUCUUCUACAUUCCAUUUAUCUCAUUAUAAAAUGUAUAAUUAUGUGCAAACAUAACAUAGGUUUGAUAAUACGUCUGGGUUGCGUCUGAUUUAAAUUGAAACGACACGAUAUAUGUCUUGCAUUAAAUUAAUGAAAAUUUUAUUACACAAUUUGCACGUUACUGUUUUAAAAAUGACGAAGAAAUUGAACUUAGUAAUAUCCAUUCAUAAUGUAUCUUUGGUCAGGAACCUUCGUAUCUAACGUAUGAUCUUAAAAGAUUUAGAUAAAUGAUUUCGUUGAAAUAUCUAUUUGACAUGAUAUUAUACAAAUGAUUUUAUUAUUAUUAUUAUUAUUAUUAUUAUUAUUAUUAUUAUUAUUAUUAUUAUUAUUUAAUUUUUCAUAAUAUUAGAAUAUCGAGUUAAUUACAUGAAAAAAUAUAUCAAUCAUAUUUUAUAUCGGCAGCACAUCGAUUUCUUUGUUAUUAGAUUAUUAAGUUUCUAUUCCAUAGAUUGAUAAAAUCGAUCGAGGCGAUCGAGUUAAUGGUUUUUAAGAUAAAACAAAAUAAAGAAAAAUAAAAAAAAGAAAAAUCAACGAAGAAAAUAAUUUCACGAUAUUGUGCAUUAAAAUUGUAAGAAUUCUGGGGAUAAGAAAAUAAUACAAGUUGCAAAUAACUCUCGAUUCAAUGCGCGCAUGAAACGAGUUGAACAACAGCGUGAGUCAUGCAGAGAGAAAGAGAGAGAGAGUGAGAGAGAGUGAGAGAGAGAGAGAGAGAGAAAGAGAGAAAAAGGGAGGGAGGAUGGGCUAGAGUAGAUGGGAUGAACAACGAGGGGUGGGGAUAAGCUGGUACGUAAAUGUUCACAAGAAGACCACAGAAUAGCGGUAACGAUCGUUCAGUUGAAUUUCUAUCCUCGUGUUUGAUACGUCUUAUUGCGCGUCUUCGGCAACCCGGAAUAACCUGUUGAACGCAGUUUCUUAUUCGCGUAAACACUUCCAGUGAAGUGAUUUAUUCUUGUUGCUUGAAUUCGAAAGGGGGAAGAAAGAAAGGAAAAAAAAGAGAGAAAGAAAAGAAAAGAAAAGAAAAGAGAAAAGAAAAAAGAAAAAAGAAAAAGGAAAGAAGAAAAA